CAGAGGGGAUAAUAAGUUUGUGGUUGGUAGAAAAUAAGUUUUUCCUUAUAUUUCGUGCCCAAGAGGGAAGUAACAAGAGAUCAUAGCAGAGUGAAAGCACAGGUGCAAAGAUAUGGCAAUGAACAAUAACUCAUCAAGUAGUCUUAAAAGUCCCCUGUUGCCGCCAGCAUUAGCCGGCGAAGGACGGGCGGCGGCGGCAGCAACAAACAGGUGGUGGAAUAAAGUAAUAGAUAUGGAAGAAGCGAAGAAUCAGAUAAUGUUUUCGUUGCCAAUGAUCGUCGUGACGAGUAGCUUCUACUUCAUUAACCUUGUAUCUGUCAUGUUUGCUGGACAUCUUGGCAAACUUGAACUUGCUGCUUCAAAUCUUGGUAAUUCUUGGGCUGUGGUCUCUGGUCUAGCUUUCAUGGUUGGUCUAAGUGGUGCCCUUGAGACACUAUGCGGCCAAGGAUAUGGCGCAAAAAUGUACAGGAUGUUAGGGAUACAUCUACAAACAUCAUGUAUCAUAUCAUUCUUAUUUUCAACAGUGAUUGCUGUUAUCUGGUGGUAUUCUGAUAUGAUACUGAUUUUACUUCAUCAAGAUCCUGACAUAGCAAAACAAGCAGGGGUGUUCCUGAAGUUUCUCAUACCUGGAUUGUUUGCAUACGGUUUCUUGCAAAACAUUACGAGAUUUCUUCAGGCUCAGUCGAUUAUCAUACCUCUUGUCGUGUGCUCAGUUGGAUCUUUAGUUAUCCACAUUGGCAUUGCCUACACGUUGGUUCAUUGGACGGGUCUUGGUUUCAAGGGAGCAUCGUUAGCAGCUUCCAUUUCGAUCUGGAUUUCAGUUCUUACCUUGGGUCUAUACGUGCUUUUCUCCGAAAAAUUCAGCCAUAUAUGGCGGGAUGGUUUCUCAUACGAGCCAUUUCACCAUAUCCUUACAAACUUGAAGUUGGCUUUGCCCUCUGCUGCUAUGGUCUGUUUGGAGUACUGGGCUUUUGAGCUUCUUGUGUUAUUGGCUGGUUUGAUGCGAGACUCGGCAACAUCUACUUCGGUAAUUGCAAUGAGUGUAAAUACCGAAGCCAUUGCCUACAUGAUGUCUUAUGGUCUGAGUGCAGCUGCAAGCACUAGGGUAGCAAAUGAGUUAGGAGCUGGAAAUCCUGACAAAGCAAAACAUGCUAUGGCUGUUACUCUCAAGCUAUCUAUUAUUCUUGCUCUUAUAGUUGAUUUGGCUCUAUUUUUGGGUCAUAAUAUCUGGGCCGGCCUCUUUAGUGAUAGCCCGGAGAUAAUUAAUAAAUUCGCCUCCAUGACGCCUCUCCUGUUAAUUUCCUUUGUAUUCGAUUUCUUUCAAGGAGUUUUAUCAGGAGUGGCUAGGGGAUGCGGGUGGCAACAUUUGGCUAUGUGCAUCAACUUGGCAACAUUCUAUGUCAUUGGCAUGCCAAUUGCAGGUCUCCUUGCUUUCAAAUUUAACCUACAAGCUCAGGGUUUAUGGAUGGGCUUGAUAUGUGGUCUAGCUUGCCAAGCUUCUGGCUUAUUGCUACUCACAUUGUUUACCAGAUGGGGAAAAGUAGAGGGCUCAACAAAAAGCAAUAGAGAAAAUGAACUUCUAGCUUAAGCUUGAGUUCAUAAGAAUAACUAAGUUGACUUUCUUAUAAAAAUUUUAUUAGUUGAGUGUUCGUCUGAGCAAGUUAUUUCGAGAAUAACUUGUGUAUUAGCCACUGGUUGACUUAUUGGCCAUUUUUGAUUGAGAUUUGAGGGCUUAUUGCAUGACCCUUAAAUUUUGGUUUCUUUAAUUUUUAAUUUCGAGGUCGCUAAGGUUGAAAUUUAUGUCAUGGAUUUAGUUUUCAGUAUCUUGCUGUACCAACCUGAUUGCAAACGGAUCGAAUUUGGUGUUGUUCUCAUGCA